AUUCUCGACAAGGCGGAGGGCAAUGCCACACAUAUCAACGGGCACCCCGCGUGGGGCGCAGCCUACAACAUUGGCAAUCGGUCGGCGGUUCCUAUGCAGGUCCACGCCAACACGUUCUGCGCGUUCGGCAUGCAUCUGCCCAACGGUUAG